AAUUACCUAUAUGGCAGACAUUUUAAACAGAACAAAACAUUAUGUUGGAACUAUUUAAUAAGCAGCCAAAUAAUAUACAGUUGACAAUAUUUAUAUUCUUAGUGGAUAUAGAAUCAACUAUUCAACACCUUGGCUUAUAUUAAAAUCGCUAUUUUAGAAACAUAAUGAACUUAUCAAUGUUUGGACUCAUGUAAUAGGAUCAUUUCUAACAUUCCUAUUAAUAAUUUAUAUUGUUAGUUAUCAUUAUGAUCACAAAUAAAGAAUAGAAUAAGAUAUUGAUCAAAUAUUUAGUUUUAAUUCAACACAAACCCAAAAUUCAAUUAGCAAUCAAAAUAUUCUGGCUGAUACACAAAAAUAUUAAGAAAUAUUUAAUAAAAUAGAUCAUUUUUAAAAUUCUAUGCUUACUUCAGAGACCUAUAAAGAGAUAGUUCAUUUAAUGAAAAUAACAGUAGAGAUAUUAAAUUUUGAAGAAGUAGCAGAGUAUGCAAUAAUAUUCUAAAAUAAAUUCAAUUUAUUUAAAGAUAAAAUAAUUUAAGAAGUAAAGAUUAUUUAAUAUAAAUAAGAUUGAUAGUGAAUAAUUUGAUUGGGUUGAGAUUUAUAAGCAUGAUUAUUCUCAUACUUCUAUUUUAAAAUAAGAGUAAUUUUUAAGAAAUAACAAUGAUCCUUAUCAUGUAUCAAGAUGGCCAAUUGUAGUAUUUUUAGUAAGUGGAUUAAUGUGUAUGGCUGGAUCAGCAUUAUUCCAUUUAUUUUAUUAAAUGAGUGAAUCUGCUAAUAAAUAUCUUAUGAGAGUUGAUUAUGGAGGUAUCUCUUUACUUAUAUUGGGUUCUUGUUUUCCUCCAUUUUAUUAUGGAUUUUAUUGUGAUGCAUUUUUGAGAUACUUUUAUCUUAUAACAGUUGGAUCAGCUUGUUUGGCAGCUUAUAUUGUAUCCAUUUUUGAUUUCAUUCAUACUGAAAAAUGGAGAAAAAUAAAAGGACUUAUGUAUGGAUCUUUAGGAUUGUUUGCAGGUGUUCCUGCUGUUCAUCUUUAUUUAAGAGAGUAUAAAUUAUAUAUAUAUGUAUAUUUAUAGAUUCUAUAGAGAAGAAAUUUCAGACUAUUUACCAUUCCAACAUUCAUUUCUAUUUUAUAUAUUAAUGGGAUCAAGUUAUUUAUUUGGAUUAGCUUUAUAUACAUUAAGAAUACCUGAAAGAUUUCUACCAGGAAAAUUUGAUAUCAUUGUAAUUAUUAAAUUUCUAUAUUUAGGGACAUAGUCAUUAAUGGUGGCAUUGUUUUGUCUUUUUUGGUGUAUUCUUUCAUUAUUUUGGUUCUAUUUAUAAUAUGGGAGAUAGAAAAUUUACAUUUUGUCUUAUGUGA